AGUCCAAUUUCGGCAGGCAGUCUGUUUACAGCACGACACCGGUGCGAUUUACGUUAUCCCGCCAUUUUAUUUUUUCAGAACACAGCUCGCACACGGCACACACACAUUCAGCUCUUUGUCGCCGCACGGCCUGGGCGCCCUGAGCCUGAUACUGUUUUCACACUUUCACAAAAAGUACGUCGGUCCAGGAGACCUGCAUAUACCGUCCGGUUCGUCCUCUGGUUCAUGGUCUGACAUUUGUCCAGACAUCGGAGGAGAGAAGGUGAAAGAUGACGCAGUUUUUACCCCCGAAUCUGCUGGCCCUCUUUGCACCGCGGGACCCUAUCCCUUUCCUGACUCAGCUAGAGAAGUUGCCCCAUGAGAAACAUCACAACCAGCCCUACAGUGGCAUCGCACCCUUCAUACGGCAUUUCGAGGACCCUAGAGAUGCCCCUCCACCAACAAGGGCAGAGACCCGUGAUGAGCGACUGGAGAGAAAGAGGCGAGAGAAGAUUGAAAGGAGGCAAACCGUGGUGGAGACUGAACUCAAGCUUUGGGACCCCCAUAAUGACCCAAAUGCACAAGGGGAUGCCUUCAAGACAUUGUUUGUUGCACGAGUGAACUAUGAUACUACAGAGUCCAAGCUUCGUCGUGAAUUUGAGGUCUAUGGUCCCAUCAAACGGAUUUACAUUGUCUACAACAAGAGGACGGCCAAGCCUCGGGGCUAUGCCUUCAUUGAGUACGAGCAUGAACGAGACAUGCACUCCGCCUACAAGCAUGCAGAUGGAAAGAAGAUUGAUGGGAGAAGGGUGCUGGUGGACGUGGAACGAGGGCGCACUGUAAAAGGAUGGCAUCCUCGCAGGCUAGGUGGUGGAUUGGGUGGCACUAGGAGAGGUGGAGCUGAUGUCAACAUCAAGCACUCUGGCCGCGAUGAUGCGUCACGUUAUGAUGACCGCCCAAUAGGGGGUGAUCGGGACCGGGGAGAGCGGAGGGAGCGCAGCCGGGAGCCGCGAGACCGGGAAAAGGACCGAGUAGAACGCAGACGGUCCCGAUCCCGAGAACGGCGUCGACGUACCCGUUCCCGGGAGCGUGAGAGGGAGAGAGAGAGACCUAUUGCUGCAGCGGAGGACAGCAGCGGCGGCGGCGCUGGUGGUGGUGGUAGCAGGCGUCGAGAGCGAGAGAAGGACCGUGGGGGGGCAGUGGGAGGAGACAGCAGGAGUAGGGAGAGGAGUCGAGAACGGAAGAGGAGGAGCAGGAGCCGCGAUCGCAAGAGAGAAAGGGAGAGAGGCAAGGGGCUGGAUGGGGAGGAGGCCAGCCAAGGAGAAGGUGCUCCUGAGGGGGGAGAGCGCAUUCCGGAGGAACAAGAAGGAGAAGCGGGGGAGGGGACGGAUGAGCGUAGAGACAGGGACCGAGAAAGGGACAGGGAGCGCAGGCGCAGCCACCGAGACAGGGACAGACGCAGGGGAGACCGGGACAGAGACAGGGAGCACAAGAGGGAGCGGGGGGAGAGAGACAGGGGGGAGCGCCGAGAGGAGCGCCACGGCUCCCUUCGAGAUGACAUGGGCCCCCAAGAUGACAUGGGCAAUGAGGAUGAGGGGGGGGCCCCGCCACAAAUAGAGGAGUACAGUCAGGACGGAAUGAUGGAUCAGCAGUCGGUGCCAUCGGCCGACGGCUACGUCUCCAGUGAGAACGGCUACAAGAUGGAGGCUCCAGGAGACGAGUACUGAGAUGCCCCCCCCCCCCC